CCGCGCAUGCGCGGGACUGGGCCUCGCCGUGCGCGGGAAAGAAGUAGAGCGCGCUCAGGCGUGUGGGGUGGCCGUGGCCGCAGGCUUCGCUUCGUCCCGCGCGGCGGUCUGGGUCUGGGCGUUCCUCACAUUUCGGUGGCCGCGGUAGGGUUAGUGUGGGUCUAGUUGCCAGAAGCCAUUCCACAAGCUCGGGCCUCAGGCCUCCUGGCCCUUCAGUUCCAGACCCUCCCGGAGGGCCUCUGAGAGGGACCAGAUUAUCUUUCAUUUUCUCCAGAAUAUUUCACGCAUAUAACAUAACCUAGGUGUCCCCCACCCGCUCCAGGCAGACCUUCCCAGUGCCUGAAAAGGACAGAGGUUUCUCAACAACUUCUCUGGCCCAGGUUUCUCAGGGAGGGAUAACAUGAGUAAGCGGAAGAAGCUGCGGACCUCAGGAGAAGGAAUUUGUCCACCAAAACCCACAAAGCACCCAAGGCUCGGAGACCCUGACGGGGAUCCUCAGAGUUUCCAGUUUGGCCCUUUGGGUCACCCUGAAGAGUCAAACGGCAGUUCAGGACCUGUUCCCUCUACAGAGCGGAGUGGGGAGGAAUCAGGACAGGAGGCCUCCAGCUCUCCGGACAAGGAAGCUGGAGCUCCUUCCAGGAGCCUCUCGCAACCAGAAAAGGAGAAACUGCCCGGUUUUGGCAUUUGUUUGUUUUCUUAGACCUCAUUCCUCCCUUAUAUUUAUUGCUGCUUUGUUCUUGUUGUAUCUGGUUCACAGAACUCAGACAGGAGGUUUGUCCCGCAGUUUGCAAAACCCAGGAAGGCAGUGACAAGACUAGCUGCUACGAGGGAAGAGGACCUCGGGAGUGGGGCCUUUAGCUCGGAGACACCACCAGAGCCCAGUGCCCAGCAGGCAGGAAGCCAGUCAUGGCAGGAGUCCCCAGAGCUCACUAUCUUGGAGGCCUGGGAGCCAGGAGACCAGACGCAAACAGAUGGCACCCACUCCGAGCAGAGUGUCCAAAGCGCUGUAACACCUGUGUCCAGCGGGGGGGAUUCUCAGCCUGAGGUCUCCAAUGACAUUUCUUCAGAAUGGGGGAUGGUGCCCUUGGUUUCAGAGAGUGCCAGCCAGGACUGUCUAUUGGAACAAGGGACCAAUUUGCCAGAUGCUGGAAGCACAGAGGGGGGUUGGAUUCCAGGUGAUCUCAGCCAGAAAGGGCAUCUGCCAAGCAGUGGUGCUGAGGAGAAGGAGCCAGACCAAGGAGUCCCACAGGAGGAAGGUGGCCAAGGGGGAACAGGGACUGACCAGGAGAAAGGAGACAGCGUCCUAGGCCCGGUCGCUCGGGGCUCAGAGCCUGGAUCUGCAGCCCAGGCCUCACCUGACCCCCUGCAGAUACUCAGCAGGGUUGGCAAGGAAGCAGGAGGGAGCUGUAGCAGCCCCAGACACUCCUCCCUUAGGAUCAGUGUCAUCACAGAUGUGGUCACAGACCCCACCAAGUCAGAACAGAGGGCUCUGGAGUUGACGGGGCCAGACGAGAAGGCUAACACCCAGGCACCUGCCUCUCCCAGCGGGAAGGCCCCUGAUGGAGGCCAUAGCAGGGCCCUGCUCACAGGCCCGCCUCUCGCUGGGGAGACCACAGAAAGCAGAGGAGAGGAAGGGUGGGAGGCCGACCCCCCUGGUGAUGUCUCCAGGGGCCCUGCAGCCUCCCUGGUUCUGGCUCAUGAGACCCAUGAGACCUCAGUAGGUGCUGGAUGUUCCAGUCCUGUAGCCUCGGAAAUUGACCCAGUUGUUGGUCAGACACAGGUACCAGACCUGGAUCAAGAAGGGCUGGGAGGUGUGUGUGCGCAGUCUUUGUUGUCACAGCCCUCAGGUGAAAAGGCAGCCGACUUAGGUAGCCAGAGCCAUGAACAAGACUUUGGGGGGUUCAGUCCGUCCCUUGGAGCCUCUGUUCCACCAUUGCACAGAGAAACAGUGGUUGGUCCUCCCCCGGAUGCCAGGGCCCACCAGGGCAGCGCAGAUGCCCCUGCAGGCCCAGCAGGCCAGCCCAAGCAUCCUGACCCUGCAGACCAGGCCACCUUGGAACUCGACUUCCUGCCAGACAGCCAGCUACAGGAUGCCCUGGAAGCCCUCAACUUUGAAGCCCCACCUGAGCAGUUUCCUGCAGGGAGCGGGGUGGGCCCUUGCUGGCCUGGCGCCAGCCUGAGUACUGAAGGAGGCCCCCUCAUGGAGUCUCAGCCAAGGACCCACAAGGGGAUCCAGCCCCGUGAAGCCACCAGGAUGGAGGACGCAACCAAUACCAUGCGCGGCCUCAUUAUUGAACUCUCCAACCUGAACCGGCUGAUCAUGAAUGCCCACCGGGACCUGGAAGCAUUCAAGCGCCUCAACUACCGGAAGGCAAAGCCUGCAGGGAAAGCCCCCAUGGCCUACACAUCAAAGGGGGCUGGGGCUCUCCCUCGAGGGGAGCAACCCUGGCGGGAUUUGUAGAUGCCUCCGCAUGGGGAAGCUGGGGGACUGUGUGCAGGGCUUACCCCUCCCAUGGAUUAUGUUUUGUUCAAACCCUGGCCCCAGAAGUGCCUGAUGUUCCUGCCACAGAGCUGCCAACAGUCCCCCUGCAGACCCCGGAAAGCUUCAGCCCCUGAUGUUGCUCCUGGUAUUUUGUCACCCCUGGUACUUGGUUAUCCCCAAGAUGCUCCAGCGGGUACUAGUGGGCCCCAGAAACUGCCCUUUAGCCGACCUGGAAGUCAGCCUCCCUGGGAAACCAUGGAGGCCACACUGGAGUCCACAGCAGCCCUCUGGAGUCUGUAUGGGGAGGGAACCUGCUCCCUGAGUGGCUGAGGCUGCAGGGGGAAGUGGAGGCGGGCUGGAGCCCCAGGAGCAGGGCCCAGAGCCACCCAGAUGUUUAUCUGGGUUUGCAAAUUUUGGCUCCUUAGCUGAGGUUAUGGCAGGUUCAGAAUUUGUUUCGUUCCUGGAGGAAAAAGGGCCCCCUUUGUUGGUUGUGCGUUUGCCUCUCUCUGGAUUUCCAUUUUAUUUAUUUUGGGAAGAGCACUAAUAAAUGAUUCCCUAGCAAGGCCCCGAGCCUGUUGUUUGAAGGUUGAAGCCUUUGGGUUCCUGGAUAUUCGGCCCACAAACCUAACUGCCUC